UACCCCGGGGAGGCCGUGCCCCACCACCCGGGUCUCCCCAAGGCCGACCCGGGUCACUGGUGGGCCAGCUUCUUCUUCGGGAAGGCCACUGUCCCGUUCAUGGCCACGGUGCUGGAGUCCCCAGAGCACUCCGAAUCCCCCCGGGCUCCCAGCGGCAUGGUCACCAGUGGCUUGGCUUCGGAAACCACGAGGAAGCAGCCUCUCAGUCAGCCCAGCCAGGGCAACACCAGGCCCUCGUCCUGACCUGAAGGUACCAGCAGCCAAGGCUUCCUAGGCCAGGCGCAG